AGUUGUCGUCCCCAAAAAUUUCAGGACGAGCUUUUGAACUGCUUUAGAAGCUUCUAUCAUCAUCUGUAUACAACACAAAUUUCUUCCAAUCCCCCCCAACAACGACCUGUUCUUCCUCCCUAUACGCUUUAUACACUUUUAUAGCGGUCCCUCAAUAAUUUAAUCACAAUGUUCUCUGCCCGCAACGUCGUCCGAUCUGCGCCCCGCGCUGUCUCCCGACUCUCAGGUGCUGCUCUGCGACAGACCGCCCGCCCCAGGGCCUUCACCAAGGCUGCUUCUGCCCUACGACCCGCCCAGGCUGCGUUCUCUACCACAAGCUUCCGUAAGGCUACUGAGAACGAUGGUGAGCUUAGCGCCAAGCUCGAGAGCGAGAUCAAGAUCGAGGAGGACAUCAAGGCCAGCGAGCAGGACCCUGCCAGCAUCAAGGAUUUCUUGAACAACAGCGCCUUUGAGCUCGUUGACACACCCGGCCAGGAGAUUGUCAAGCUGGUUCGCGACUUUGGCGAUGAGAAGAUCACCGUCAGCUUCUCCAUUGCCGACAUCACCAACUACGACCCCUACGGUGAGGAGAGCGCACUCGAGGAGGAAGGUUUUGAGGAUGAGGGCGCCCAGGGCAGCCAGCGCAACGCUCGCGCCAACGAGGAAAUCGAUGAGGAGCUCGAUGAGGAUGCCGAGGAGGAGAGCAACCCCCCUAUCAACCUAUCAAUUGUUGUCGAGAAGCCUGGCAAGGCCUCUGGAGCCCUGAACAUCGAUGCCAGCGCUCAGGAAGGACACAUUGUUGUCGAGAACCUCUUCUAUUACACCGACGCCUCGGUCGCCAAGGUCGAGAGCCCCGACGCCGCCCAGAAGCGUGCUGAUGUCUACCCCGGUCCUCCCUUCGGCAGCCUCGACGACGACCUCCAGGUCCUCAUGGAGCGCUUCCUCGAGGAGCGCGGCAUCACUCAGGCCCUCGCUGUCUUUGUUCCCGACUACGUGGACGUCAAGGAGCAGCGAGAGUACACCCGGUGGUUGAACAACGUCAAGGCUUUCAUUGAUGCUUAGGGCGGCUGAUGAGCCAGUCAAUGCAAUGAAAAGUUUCUCACGGUAUGGAAGAGCAGAGGGGUCUUCGGUUUCAGAUAUGAUGUAUUAAAAGUAAGAAUUGCCACUCUUGUACUAUAGGAUAAGAUCCACGAGAUCAAAUGCAUGCUAAGAUAUGUGUAACGAUACAAUGCCAGCUUUACUAUAUCCCUUUGAGAUUGUGAUGAGUAAUGUCGAUUAGUUGACCGCAUUGAACAGUCACGAUUUUGAGCGAAGUCGAUAGUAAGCAAUACAUCGUCAAGAGAAUCUUGCUAUCUAGUCAGCAAUAACCCUAGACCUCAAAAACUCCCACAACUCCAAGUAACGAGUGCGCAAGCCCGCCAUGCAUCUUCGGGGUUCAUCGACUUCUGAUGCAUAUAUCACCCCCGUGCUACUCUCCGGCGCAAUGAAGCUCUAUUCCAGAAGUGUCUUUCUGACACAGAAAAGUCCAAAAGAAAUACUUCGUAUAGCAAUCCCAACGACAAAGCUCCCAAUAUUCCCUCGGUUGUUCGUCUUUGCAGAAGAAAACCGCAUCUAAUGCACGACACAACCGAAGCCUCGAAACAAAGGCGAACGUCUACAUGAUGCCUUCGAGCGACCAGUCACCCUUUUGCGCCCGCUCAAGGACCUCGCGGCCCUUCUCGGUCAGAUCGGGCUUGCCAUCGUUACCGGUGACAUGUUUGAAAAAGACGGGCUGCCACGUUUCCUUGUUGGCCUCACGUUGCCGGGCCUUCUCGCGCUGGGCCUCCUCGAGCUCGACCUUCACCUGGGUAGCCUUGCCAUAUUGUUUGGCGUGGAUAGCAUCUGUAACACCGCCCCAAAGGGUUAAAGAUUCGUUGGGAAGCUGCUUUUCCUUGGGAGGGAUGAUCUUGGGCGCAACACUGAGGGGUGCAAUAUCGAUAAUGGUGUACUGCUCUUCCACAGGUACAGAUUUCUGCCGCCGGUUAGGUUUAUGUACUUGAACACAUUGAGAUUACCACUUACAACUGGUCUGGGACCGAGAGUAA